ACGUGACGUGAGUCGCGCCGCAUGUAAACAGUGAGGAGGACGCCGCUGUUUACAAACAUUCAAGUCUGAUUCUGCCGUGGAGAGAAACGUUAGUGAUUCAACGCGGGGAUAAAAACCUCUAACAGGAUGGAGAUCGAAAACUCUCAGCCGUAUUUCUUCGGAGACAUCGGUGAGUUUAAAAAUAACGCCAACAUGUCCGCGAGACUGACGCUUUUUAGGAUCUUGAGCCGUUUUAACGUCAGAAAGGUGAAUAUGGAGUGAAUGUGAGCUAACAUGCUAACGCGUUUGAACACCGCAGCUAGCAUCGAAAGAACAGCUGAUGGAGACGAAAUUCACCGAAAAUGAACAUUUCCUCUUUAAGUGGUUUACCUUUUCAACCUUUUCACGAUUGUAUACGUGUGUUCGGUGUUUUUGACAUUUAAAGAACCCCGAAAAACUCCAAAAUUAACAGGAUUUACAGUUUCAGUAAGAGGGCCGAACAGGGGCGAUGUAGGGGAGACCGGGGUAAGUUGAGCCUCCCUCUGUUUUUUAGAAAUAGUUAAAGAAUUUGAUCAUGUGAGCAAAUAUUUAGGAGGUUGAAGGUUAGAAGCACAUGGGUGAAGAGGUUAGAUAUUUAUUUACAUUAAAAAAACAACAUAUUUCACUGUAAAGUGAAUUUAGUCUUUUAUAAGUUUUAUUAGAAUUGUGUUCAGACCAAAAAAGAUCAUUUUAAAUUUGUUUUAUACAUUAAUUGUGGUAUCUAUGAGCUACAACAUGAGGUCAAAAAUCUAACAUAAAAGUCCACCAUUUUAGCUCAGAGGACUAAUAAACUCAUCAUAGUAGUUCAGGGGUAACUGAGAAAGUAAAGGAGUCUGAUGAGAGGAUCAGAGUUUACGUUCAGAUUGUUGAAAUGUUUGACUUUUUCAGUUCGAGACAAAACUAGGAUUACUUUAAUGUAGUGAUCCGAAAUAUGAAAAAUGGCUCAUCUUACCCCACUCUCCCCUAAACUAACGACGAGUGUCAACUGCAUGUGUGUGUCAAUGUGAUAUUCAUCCAUCACACACAGACUUUUAUCAGUUACAAUGACAAUGAGAACAACUCGGUCAGAGUAAAAUCGUAUAAAAUGACUUUAUUUACUACUUUUUAAAGAGGAUAAAUCUGUCUCAGGCUUGCAUUUGCUUAAAUAUCUCUCAGAAAUCACACAGAUAUUUGUCUUCGCUCAUUGGGAUCUGUCUGUUCUCUUGAAGACAGAUGCUGCAUCAUAGCAAAAAAUACGAUAAUAAAAUAUUAAAGCACAUAAAUUUAGAGAUAGAGAGUUAAAUAAAUAAGAAACUGGUGGGUAAAAUCUAUGAGGAUUAAAAAUGAAGGAAGUAAAAUGUACGUUUGGUUUGUUGUGACCCGUCCUCCUUCAGGCUGCUGGUCAGAGAGAACUGAAGUCCAUAAAGCGGCGUGUCUCGGUCAGGCGUCCCAGCUGCAGCACCUCAUAAAGAGCGGGGCGUCGGUCAACAUGGUCGCCGUGGACUCCAUCACACCGCUGCACGAGGCCUGUCUCCGUGGUCAGGCCCAGUGUGUCCGUCUGCUGCUGGACGCCGGCGCCCAGGUGAUGAUGAACAGAAGGAGGAUUUGGAAAAAAGACGAUUCACUGACAGAAAUAGAAGUACGAAUAAUCUGUGAUGCAUUUCAGGUGGAUGCACGAAACGUAGAUGGGAGCACCCCGCUGUGUGACGCCUCCUCGGCCGGGAGUUUGGAGUGCGUGAGGCUCUUACUGGAUUAUGGCGCCAAAGCCAACCCAGCGCUCACCUCCCGUACGGCCUCCCCGCUCCAUGAAGCCUGCAUGGGAGGUGAGCUCUUCUUACUCUCUGUCAACACAGCUAACGACUCAAUACGCCUGGAUUUCAUCCUUUAACCUCUUUUACUUUCAGGAAACUCCGACUGUGUGAAGCUCCUCAUCUCCAUGGGCGCUUGUUUGGAGGCGUAUGACCUUUACUACGGGACACCGCUGCAUGUCGCGUGUUCUCAGCAACACACAGACUGUGUCAAAGUGCUGCUAAAUGCAGGUGAGCAGAGCAGGGAGGGAAACGGAGCAAAAAUCUGCUCUUUGGGUCUCCUGACAGUGAUUGUGAGGGUUGUUUUGAUGCUCAUGCUGGUGGUGUAACUUCAGGUCAGGCUGAAAUGAGACUCUCUGGAACAUGUGCUACCAUGCAACAAAUACAUAUGUAGCAAUACCCUCAGUUUGUUAUGUUGCAGCCUAUUAAUUACAAACUGUGCUCACUGUGUGAAUGUUCAACACUGCAGCUCAGUUUCCUCCUCCCAUAAGAUCACUGUCCAUUUUAAAAUUUCAACACGAUGAGUGAAGGAGCUGUCUUCACUUUUCACAACAGUCAGUGAUGAACUGCUCUUUAAAACUUUCUAUUUUGGUGAAUUUUUGGAAAAGUAAAGUUAAAAAAAAUACCAGGGUUAACAUUUUUCUUUAUGAAAGAGCAGAGUUUGUUGGUUCAGAAUGAGUAGAAGUAGGGCUGGGCGAUAAAACGAUAACGAUAUGUAUCGAAAAUUAAUUUCCCUCAAUAUCAAUAUCAGGGUUUCCCCGACAUGCAGUUGAUCAUGGCGCACCACCACGGCUAAAUAAAAGCCGCCACACCUAAAAAAAAUUAGUUUUUAUCUCACAUAGUUCUACCUCGGACUCAUGUGUAUCAGCAGUGUUUCCCCUCCAAUCAUUCAGCAGCGGGGCAAUUCCACAUGAUCAUUAAUAUCAACACACCACUCAUGAUUCUACUCGCACUGUGUGAGCACAACAACACUCGACGUUAUUUCAGACUUGUUUUGAGUCAUCAACGAGCGUAUCAAAUCCUGUCGGACCCUCUUCUAUCGACGUAAAAGGUAACAUUCAAGCUUAGACACGGUCGAUAUAGCAAGUAGCAUUAAUAGCGUUAGUAGCAUUAUUAUCAAUGCGGCACUUCUUGAUGACUCAAGACCGAAGCUCCUGAAUAGUUCGUUGAUUAAAGAUUUUAUAGAGCAGUUAUAAAGUUACGUUCACUUCCCUCAAAGAGAAUUUAGUUUGAACUUUGUGGCUCUCAAUGGUUCUCAACUGGUGGGUCCUGACCCAAAAGUGGGUCGCGGACAUGUUCUGGUUGGGUCACAAACAGCUGGUCAAAAAAGUAAAUAUUUAAUGCGCAUCUGAUGUUUGACAUUGUCUUUAAUUUUGAAAGGCAAGCCUUAUGUCGUGGUCCUCCUCGGUUUCUUAAAAAAAAUUGUCUUCAUUUUGUACAAUUUGAUAUUUGAUAUUUUCUGUAUAUGCAACUUUAGUCGUUGUCGUCCACAGUUUAUGUGCUCUGAAAUGCACUUUACUCAACAAAAUGGGUGGGUGUAAGAUUUGAGUCUUUAAAGGUUUUUUUAAUAAAAAAAAAAUUUUUUUUGGUUUGAAUUUUAUAAAAGUGGGUCGUGACCUCAGGACCAUGGGAAAAUGUGGGUCCCAGAGUGAGACCACUUGAGAACCACUGAUCAAAAACACACAAUAUCCAGUGAUAGGAGGCAUUUGAUUCAAAGCAAUUAUGAAAAUCAUUGAGAUCAAUAAAAGUUUUCAUCUGUGUCACCGAAGACCCAAUAAUUUAAGAAGAAAACCCAAGAAAAAUAUGUGCAUCAGUGCUUUAUAUUUCCGUCCCACUACAAAUAUCCAACAGGGACAAAUCCACAGUUUCCUCUCGUUUUACCGUUAAAACUUAAACUUCAGCUUUUUCAGUGAUCAACUUAAUCAAUCUUUUCAAAUGUAAUCCAUUUAUUUUAGCUGAUUUUGAAGAUUUUAACAAGAUUUUUAGCCAAAAUAUAUUUGUUAAGUUUGAGUUCUAAUCGGUACAUCACGUCCAGGGAUCGUCACUGAGGGGUGUGGUUUUGGGAUGUUUGACGGGUUAUUGAAAUCUCACUUGUGUAGUCAGACAAAGGGUUUGUUUGGUAAGCUCUGAUCAUUUUCUGUUGACCGUUUUUCAUCAUUUUUCACCGUUUCAUUCAUCAAGUUUUAACCUCAUUUCAGCAAAUCACUUUUUUGAAGUGAAGGCAAAAGUUUUGGAGCUGGAUCAGUGUGUUUUCUUUUCUUCUUUGGAAUAAUAAAUUACCUUUUAACACUCAAACCGGAUUGAUAAUUGAACGAGUCACAGACGCAAGCAAACCUAAACCCCAGCAGCCUUUUUGUUGACAGAAAGCAGUCGCUACACACAUUAAAAGACAAACUAACACACAGUUUAGUCUUAAUUUCAUGUUUGUGAGCAAUCAGACUGAAUAUUUAACCCUUUAAUAUUCUUGUCUCAGGUGCGAAGGUGAACGCCACCAGGCUCCACGAGACGCCGCUGCACCACGCCGCUAAAAGCAUGCGACCGGAGAUGAUCGAGAUCCUGGUGGAGUUUGGAGCCAACAUCCACCACCGAGAUCAGUACGACAGGAAACCCGUGGAUUACACCACGCCGGGCUCUCCCUCGGCAGCCUGCCUGCGGUUUUACGAGAGUAAGUGACCCGGAGAAAAGACGCCUGCGAGGAUAUUUAAGUCCCGGAUCGAGUUCUGAACUGGAGCGCAGUGUCAGCUUCCUAACAGCAGGUGGUGAGCUAAGAUCACUUUCCACCUCCAGGAAUUCUUGGACAGAUGACACCUGUUGUUUACCUUCAGACUCUUGAGAGGACUAGGUCAGAUACAAACGAGAAGCUGAUGAUUCACACCUCUUUAGCAAGUGGACAGAACUUUAUUUAGCCGUGAGAGGAGCUUAUCUAAGACGGUUAUAACUCUGAAUACAAAAUGAGUUUCCUCUGAAGGUGGUUCAUCUCAGGGACUCACUAGAGAUGUUUGUCCCCAGAUUGCCUCAUACAUAAUUUACAAGUUAGAGUCAUAAUAAUAAUAAUAAUAAUAAUAAUAAUAAUAAUAAUAAUAUUACAUUUUAGAUGUAGUGCCCUUUUCAUCAAGUGAUCUCAAAGGGCUACACCUUAAAAGCAAAAAAAAAAUCACAAUAGAGGAAAAUAAAAACAAGAGAAACAUCUCAUUAAAGAAGUAAAAGAAAGAGAAGCAGGUUUUUAUUUUUAUUUUUUAAAGAAUCUACGAGGAGGAACCAAAAGUUCUGUUAAAAAAGAAAGUUUUGAGUUCUUUUUUAAAACUGUUAGUGAAUAAUGAUGGGAAGAUCGGUUCUUUUGACUGAAUCUUUAGAAUCCGUUCAUUAAAAAGAUUCGUUCACUGAAUCAGUCAGUUCUUCGGAGCCCCGUCCUGCCGGUGCAUUACACCAGUGAGUGACACAGUGGCGAAGUCUGCUGCUGAGGUCACAGCGUCGUUCACUGGGCGACUCAUGUCGUUCAUGCGCCAAGUCCUGAAGGAAGAAUCACUCCCCUCAGCUGUAGCGGGGAUCUGCUACGUUUAAAGAUAUCAAAUAUCGUAUUUCUUUAAAUCGGCUGAAAUUAAAUCCUCCUUACAGGAAUAUUUAUAGACGUGUUUUAAUGUAAAGGCGCUGUAAUGACCUGUUUUAUCUUAGCCUCAGUGAACGAACCGCUGCUGGGCAGGAAGUGAAUGACACACCCCCUCCGUCCUCUGCCUGAAUAAAGUCAUUUGGAAGUCGUUCGUUUCGUUCACCAUGUCGUUCACUGACUGUUUCGUUCAUGUACUGAUACAUGUCGUUCAUUCGCUGUGGGUGAAUCACUAGACUCCGCCCACCCGGUCGCUUACUCGCCGGCUGUGUGUCGUUCGCCAAAGAGUCAAAGGCGGCAGUUCCACCCCCGACCGGCGUUCACGUCGUUCACUCAGCAGUUCGGUUCUUUUAAACGAAUCGUUCAUGAACAACACAAGACUAGUUCUUAAUUUGGUUCUGGGGUUGAAGAAGAGGUGUGGGUGAGUGGAGCGGAGGGAGCGUGUUGUUUUUUUGUGGGUGUAGAAGUUCUCUGAGGUAGGUGGGGGCUUGUCCAUGGAUGAGCUGGUGUGUGAGGAAGGAAACCGUCCACUCAAUCCUGAUGGAAACGAGAAGCCAGAGGAGUGAUUGGAGGAUGAGGGUUAUAUGAUCAUGUUGUCUCUGCAGACUCUCGCGGUCGUCCAACCUGGAGGAGAUAAAGUCAUGAACCAGCUUUUCAGCCUCUGAUUUUGGAGAUAUUAUAAUAACUGAUCAGCUUUCCUGAAGUUUUGUUUCAGUUUUCUUGUGAUGAGGGUCGUUUCUCUGUCUUUUUCUUUCAGCCACUCCGAUGAGUCUGCAGCAGCUCAGCAGGCUGGCCGUGAGGAACAACUUGGGCACCAGAGCCAUGGCGGUCAUUCAUCAUCUGGACAUCCCCAAACUCCUCAUCAGCUACCUCAGCUAUCAGUGACCCGUGGAUUUAUAAAGACAGACUGGAAGCACAGACAAGGUGCCGUUGUUUUUAAUCAUGUAAACACACAGGUAGUGACGAGCACAGGGUUCACACCCGCCUCCUCUGGAAACGCUUCUUCUCUGGUGCUGUCAAAACCCGAAAGACUCCGAAGAAAAGAUCGAAUUUAAACAGAUUAAAGGUGUAUUAUGUAACUUUAUUAUUUACAGGUGAAGGUGCUGCAGCGUUUGUUAAAUAAGAUCAACUUGAAGAAUAAUUCUAACGUGUCUGCAUCGAGAGAAGAAGCAGCACUUUAUAAAGUCACGAUCACUGUUUUUAAAGGAGGAGCUCUUCUGCAGCAGACGACGACGAUGAUGAUGAUGAUGAUGAUGAUGAUGAUGAUGAUGAUGAUGAUGAUGAUGAUGAUGAUGAAGUCACACGGCUCGUCCACUUGUUGAAAUCCAGUUUGAGGGUUUUUCAAGUGUGCAGAUGUUGGAAAUAGCAACAGUAACAACAAACUACGACAAAGAUUAGUCACUGUGGUGAAAGCUCACUCAGAGCCGACCCUUUAGAUGCUGUUCUUUCCCUCCACUUCAGUCAUGAACAUGUUCGAGUUUCUCUAAAAUAAUAAUAAUGAAUCCUUCUCCAACAACAGACACUCAAAAAUAGUGAAAACAUUAGUUUAUAUGUUUCUCUUUCAUGUAUUUGUCCCAAAAAAUAUCCAUAAACUAACAAAAGUUCAGAGGACACGUGAACUGGGACUUCCAAUCAGAGCUGGCCCCCUUGUGGGCUUUGAAGGAACUGCAGGUUGUCUGUGGACGGGCUCUUUGUAUUUUCUUUUGCUUAAAUUAUAUCAAUCCUGUAUUUAAACAAAAAUAUAAACUCUUAAAACUGUUAGUCUUGAAUGAAACGUGUCAUGAUGAGACGCGUUUGGAGGAAUAUUUAAAGAUUUGUGACAGAUUAGGAUUUUGGGAGAACUGCAUUAGACUAACAGGAUCAUGACUGAUGAAGGUCAGAGGAGCUCACUUAGUAACAAUCUGUUCUCUCUAAAUAAGUUUAGUUUUAAAGUGUGCAUGUAAAAUUUACUGAACUUUCAGGAUGCAAAGAUGCUAAAACUUCUAUAUCUCUCUUUGCUCUCGGUUGUAAAAAUUUCACAGAUGUCUUUUUUUUAAUUAUACGCAGACAUUAACUUUUGAGCACAUGAAAACAUGGCGAGUGCACAGGUUGUUAUCAUGUUGGAAUAAAUUAAUAAUCUUGUCUGCACAAAAAAAACAAUUUAAAUAAGACAUUCGUGCACGAAACAGUCGAGUUAUCAAGUGCAAUCCAGCUGUUUGACACUUGUCUUACUUUGUUAAAGCGGUUUACCUGUCCAGCAGAAAGGUUACAGGGUCACCAAGAUCCCCAAGCGUCCCCCAUCGUUUAUGUUGACCCGGCUUUUUAGCUCUUGUCCGGUCUACCUCCGUUUUAAGCGCCCGUUAUUCCUCCAGAGUCUCCGGUAUUUACUUUGUUUUCUUGCUUGUGUCGGCAGUCGUGGCCAAAGGAGGAUUCAGACAAUUUUCCGAACUUUCUGGUUGGUUUCUACUGUCCGAUAUUGUAGCACGCUAACUUUGUUUGGGCUCCUGAACGACAUGGGGGAGCAGCGUCUGCCUCACAACCAAUCAGGUUAGAGGAGGUGGAGAACGGCUUUGUUUACAGUCAGAAAAAGACUUUAAAAUGUCGACGACACAGACAUAAGAGAACACAGAGAUAUCGAUAUAUUACCAAAUGUCAUCAAUAACUAAUAACUAUUGACUGAUAUUAAAAGCUUUUUUGUAAAUACACCACAAAAAAAGAUGCUUCUUUGACGGAUUCCUGCCUACCCCACCUUUAAUUUCCUCAUGCACAAGUUUGUACAUAAGAUAAUUAUAUUGUGUGUGUCAGAGAAAUAUCUAUAAACUUUAACAAGUGUGUAAAAGUUAAUAAUCUGUUUCUACAAGAUCAUUUUAUUCUGCACAUCCAGGAUCGAGGAUGAUUGUCGUGUUUCAGAUACAUGUGAUAAACUUUUACGUUUAAAGGAUGAGUUUCAUCUUUUUAAAGCACAGGUUUCAGAUCAAUUCUCAUUAUUACUGGAUAAUAAUCAAAUAUUGAUCAGAUAUUAUGAGCUCGGGUUUAUCUGUCACUUUUGGGACGGAAAGAUUUACCAUUACAAGUUUGACAGGAAAUGAUACCGACAUGAAAACCUGAACUUCUGCUUUAUUUCACGUCACCUGAUGAGCAGGAAAUGAGAGGGUUAUUUUAGAGUCGGAGGAGGCGCCGUUAUGUAACCGUGUGUGUAAACUGUGAAGGUCUUAAAUGGUGUUUAAUAAUCGUCGAUCACAUAAAUAGAAGUAUAAAUGGCAGCAGAAGAGCGAGCUGCUAAUAUUAGAGUUCAGCUCAGUGUCAGAGUGUCUCAGUGACACAGGAGACUAACCGCCUCUUUUUUGGUCACUUUACUGUUUGCUGGUGAAGAACCGACAGUUGAACACGCCGCCCGACUGUAAAUGUUCCUCAGCAGCUCAGUGUAAAGUCAGAUUAUCGUGUUUCCUAAAGAACAUCUAGAGAUUCCAGGCGGUUUUGUUGUCACGGCCGCUCUCAGGGCGACAAACUCCAGACGCCGCUGUCCUCCCUCUCAGAUUCCUCGCUCGCACUUCAGGCCUUCAGUUUGAUGCAGAAGUUUAUAACCGCGGAGAUCCUGGAGGUUUAUUUAUAACUCCGCGCCUUUGUCCGCUCGGUGGGGCCUCGGUAUUUUUAGCGGAAGUGUUUAUGAAUUCCUGGGAGUGCUCGAGGUUUUGCUUUAUUGACCCUUUUCUGGGUCGACUUGAGCUGUUUCGGAAGUUGCGUAACGUAGAUCUACGGGGGUUAAAUCAGGCCGACGCAAUCUUCACGAUCAUCGUUUUGGACCCAGGGCUUCAACGUUGUCUUAGGCCGUCCAAGAAAGUGUGUCAGACUUCAGGACAGGAUUAGAUCAUGGAUGUAGACCUGAUCGGGGUCUUCAGGCUGCUCCACACUCAGGUUUAAGAUGUCACUCAGUCUCCUCCGGCUCCAUCCUCUCGUCACAGCGGUGGAAACGCCAAACUCAAGGUGUAAAACCGGUGUUCGACAAACUGGAGGGUGUCGCUGUGAUAGUCAGCGCUCGAACUGAGAAAUAAAUCUCUUAGUUUGUAGUUUUUCCUCCGUCUUUUCUCUCUGAUAGUCAGAACUCUGUCCUCGGUUUAGUCAGGACGUCUUUUCGCUUCAUUUGCAGCUCAUGCUUGUUUUCUGCAGCAAAAGCACCAAACUGCGUUUCUUUGCAGAUGUGCAUCUUAAUCAUUAUGAGCAGAUUGAAAACAACAGAAGAGAAAGACACUCAACACGACCAGGUGCAAACCAGAGAGAGGUUUUUGCUCUUUAACUUCUGCUCUUUCUCUGAAUUACAAACAAACUCUGUGUAAACUAAAAGUCGAGUGCGCAGAGACUCGGUUUCUCCAUCCCCUCCUCUUCGGUCGAGGAUAUAAACACCGUCCACGUGCCGUUUACUGACUUCACCCAGCAGGAUUUUGGGCUUUAAAUUUAUGCUUUCCAAACCGUUUUCAUCUGUCGGCCAGCAAACAAGCGAGAGGUCAUCCGUCAGCUCUCACUGAGGUCUGCACCUGCUGUUUAGUGUUUGCACGCCGUUUUAAACUCGUGCUCGCUUCGUCUAAAUCUCUCAGCUGGCUCUCUAAACGUGCCCGAGCUGCACGAUGCUGGACUCAACCCUUGGCUCGUCUGUGGCACGCCGUAAAAACGCCAAACUGUUGAGGUUUGGUUCAGAAAAAUCCAUCUUCCAUCCUGAGUUGAUGUCUCAACAAUAUCUCAGUCUGAGGCCGUAAACACUCGUGAGGCUCAGAUCUGUCUUCUAAACCCCGAUGCUUCUUAAAAUAACACGUGCACGUUUCAAAGUGUAAUGAGUCUGCAGGAAAAUGAGAGCGAGGAGUGGAGGCAUGCUGGGAAAAUGCUCCUGAAUAAAGAGCUGACUUAUUCUGAAACUCUUCUCCUGGUUCUUCUGAUUAAAAAAACUCAAACAGUUUAUUUUUGUCUUACCUCCAGGAUCAGAUUCAGGUUUGCUCCUCUCAGAUGUUUGAUGAUUUGCGUGUUUGAAGCCGAUGAAUCACCUCUGGAAAAUGUGAAUAUUUCUGGUAGUAAGUGUACAGACGUGUUGCUCUGACUGUGAAUGUGAUGAAUUUGUGGAUUAUUUAAAUAAAUCGUUCUCUUGA